AUGAACCUCAGUCACCAUCUCACCGCGAGCUUCAGCACCCGCUCGCACGGCUCCCUCCCCGCUCGAUCCUCUACGUACCGGGCCAGCCUGGGAGGCUUCCAGCCGGCGCUCUUCCGAGCGUCUUCCGGCGCUUCCCUUUCUCCCUCGCCCGCUUUCCUCCUCUCCUCGCUGCCCAGUUUGGAGAUCGACCCGAAGUUGCACCAGAUCCGCACGGAGGAGAAGGAGCAGAUUAAGGGGCUCAACAACCAGUUCGCCUCCUUCAUCAACAAGGUUGAAGAUCUUAAUAUGGAGAACGUCAGACUGCUUCUGCAAAUCGAUAAUGCCAGACUAGCAGCGGAUGACUACAACCAUAAGCUGGAAGUAGAGCAGGCUGCAUGUGACGGCGUGCAAAAGGACACCCAUGGCUUGCGCAAAAUGAUCGAUGACACCAACUUUCUCCGUAUGAAGUUGGAGGGGGAUCUGGAGUCCUUCAGAGAGGAGCUGGCUCACUUACGCAAAAGCCACAAGGAGGAAGUGGAGGCACUCAGUGCUUUGGUGGCCAACUCUGAUGUAACGGUGCAGGUGGAUAAUCCACAGAAGAAUGACCUGAGUGAGAUGAUUGCUGAGAUCCGGAAUCAGUAUGAGAAAGUGGCUGAGCAGAACCGUACUGAUGCUGAGAACUGGUACAAAACCAAGUUUGACUCCAUGUCCCAGGAAGCUGCUGUAAACACGCAAGCCCUGGAAGAAGCCAAGAAUGAAUUGACUGAGCUUCGCCGGCAGAUGCAAGGCCUGGAGAUCGAGCGGCAGACUCUCCAGAAAAUGGUAGAAACCUUGGAGAACACCUUGAAGAACACUGGUGACCACUAUCGCAACGACAUGGCUAAUCUCAACCAUGUCAUUGCCAAGCUGCAAGAUGACCUGGCAGCUUGCCGGGCUGACCUGGAGAGGCAGGCCCGAGACUACGAGACCCUUCUGGACAUCAAGAGCAAGCUUGAGAAUGAGAUUGAGCACUAUCGCAACUUGAUUGAGGGAGCAACAGUCAGAGGGGAGUUGCAGAGCUCAGGGAAAACAGAUACCAGAAGACAGACAAUUAAGAAGGUGGUGGUCACCACACAGGAAAUUGUGGAUGGGAAAGUGGUGGCACAGAGAUCCGAAGAAGUGAUUCACUAGGCUCUUCCUGUGUGCGAUGUGUAUUUUGCUUAUCCCUUUGUCAACAAUAUCUUCUAUUGAUCAAUAAAACAGUAUCUGGCAACUCCAAACAUCCUGUCUUGAAAUUUGCCUACACAGCUUAGGCAGGAUCCAUAUUAAAAAGGCAUCUGUGAAACCAAAAAUCGAAGUUUGCAUAAAAUAUGUAUCUAUACAGCACUACAAUGAUCAGAUGCUGCCAAAACUUUUUCCCAUCUACUUAAGACUGAGGCCUUAGCUCCAUAUAGCACUAAUGGAGUAGAGGGAAAUGCAGCUUUAAUAACUCCCACAGAAGAGGUAAAAAAGAGGCAAGGCACUCAAUGUUCUUCCAAGAUAGUUGUUUCCCCACUAUAUUGGGCAUACCUGGAGAAAAGUCUGCAUCAUCAAGUAUUCAGCAGUACAGUCAGUUUUCUUCUCUAAUUCCCAUACUUCACCCUAAUUGAUUUAACUGCUGGAAUGUGACCUGCCAUAUGGCUGGGCAACAUGCAUGCAGCACAGGCUUUCCACACAUUCUCACAACCAUCACUCUUUGUAAAACUGUAUGAGCAGAGUUCUCCAGCCAGCCCUACUACUUGGGUAAUCCUGUUAAAGAUGUCUCCCACCUCCAAGGACCAAGCUAGGUAUUCUAGACAAAUGCAUGAUCGGCUCCACAUUUGCCCAAAC